AAAAAUUAUGGAAGAGAAAAUCUUAGAGCAGUUUUAUCUCCAUUUCGAUGAGGGGGAUAUAUAUGGGGAUAACAACAUCAGUUACGCUGCUUCCAAAGCUCUUGAAGAAUUUGUAAUCAUGAAUGAAGAUAAGACUAUCCAAGGGUUCAUUGAAUCGCUCAAGAAUAUCCAGGCUUACAUCAUUGAGAACUCCACAUCCGGCCACAAAUUGCUUAAGAAUAGGACGAAUCUUACUUUAAGAGCUGUUUGCAAUUUCUGAUACCAUAUUUUCACGAAGGAAAUUGCUAAGAGAAUGGACCAGACCAUGGACGAGAUUAAAGAGGCUUUGAAGAAGAAAGCCCAGGAUUUGUGUAGUCUAGCUGAGAUAGCAAAGCAGAAAAUUAUUAAGUAUUCUAAGAAGAUUUGGAGAGAUGACAUGGUCAUUCUGACCCAUGGUUACUCUAGUAUUGUUCUGAAAUUGAUCACCUCUGCGAUUGAGAAUGGGUAUAACCUUACUGUUUAUGUCACGGAGGGAAGGCCAGAUAAUACAGGAGAGGUUAUGGUUAAAGCGUGUCAGAAUAUUAAACCUCCUGGCGAAGACUCCUCCGUCAGUCCGAAAUUAGGCGUUGAUGUUAAAAUUAUUCUUGACUCCUCAGUCGCAUCUAUUAUGUCUAAAGUGGACUAUGUGUUCCUUGGAGCAGAAGCUAUUGUUGAGAACGGAGGAAUUAUUAACAAAAUAGGUACAUUCACAAUGGCCCUGUGUGCUAAAGCUCAUAAGAAAAAGGUAUAUGUCUUCACAGAAUCUUUGAAAUUUCUCAACACAUUCCCUUUGGACCAGAGUGACAUCUCCAGUGUGGUUCCUGAAAUGGAAGAUUUUGACAACCUGUUUUCAGAUUACACUCCUCCGGAAUACAUCAAUACGUUAAUUACGGAUUUGGGGAUAUCUACUCCAUAUGGGGUUUCAGAUGAGCUCAUCCAGUUUUUGAUUUAAUUCUGAAUUGUUCAAUCCAGCCAUUAA